GCGGACGCGAUGCAACCCAUUGUUGACGGCUACGGGUAACCUAACCUACUACUACCACGACUGCCGGUACAACCCCCCAAGUCCAACCCCUCCUAAUCCAAGAGGCCAAGACACUUGCUGAAGUAACGAGGACAGGAAGGCAACCCCUCUUUAUUCCUUCGGACACGAUUUCAAAAUCAAACUUUAAAGGAGGGAGUUCAUUCUAUUUCUGGCCGCCCCACUCCGCCUGAUAACGUUUCAACGUCCACCUCCCUCCUCACCUCGCUCAUUUUAAUUCCUCCUUUCUUUCUUUCGGAUGUCACGGAGGCGGCGGUCUCCGGCCCUUCCAGCUCUCGAGGUGGGCCAUUAUUGCUAGGGUUUCUCCGAGAGGGGGAGAGAGAGAGAGAGAGAGAGGAGGGAGGGGGACAGAGAGAGAUUGGGGCCAUGGCGUCCAAAGCCUCGUCAUCGGCUUCCGCCAGCAGAUCCAUGCCCCCCGCCAGCCUUCAGAUAAUUGGAAUUAAAGAAGGAAAUCAUACUUCUCUGGAUGUCUUGUCAGUUAUUGAUUCCUUGAUGAAACAAGUUGUUGCUGAUCGUUACAUAUAUAUUAAGGAAAGAAUGGAAGAGAACAAGCAGAAGCUAAGUAGCAUCAUGCAACAUAUUGGUAAUUUGUCGAAGUUUAGGAGAGAUACGACAUCAAACAAUGCUAACAUAGAUGUAAAUUUGUUAACGAAAAGGCAAGACGAUGCACUUUGUAUGCUAAGUAGUCUUGAACUAUCUGGAGGGGAAAAAGAUAGCAGUAGUUGUCAAGAAGAAAGUUCAUAUGCCUCGUCAAUUGUACUUAUAGGGACCAAUUAUGGAGGAAAGAGUACAGUUCGUCCAAUCAAAUUGCCAGAAGUGCUAAAAUUACCUCCAUAUACUACAUGGAUUUUCUUGGACAGAAAUCAAAGAAUGGCAGAGGACCAGUCUGUUGUUGGUCGUAGGAGAAUUUAUUAUGAUCAAAGUUGUGGUGAAGCUUUGAUUUGCAGCGACAGUGAGGAGGAUGUAGUUGAAGAUGAAGAAGAGAAGAGAGAGUUUCGAAGUACUGAUGAUUAUAUUAUUCGGAUGACCAUCCAAAAAGUUGGUUUAUCAGAUGCUGUGCUGGAUUCAUUGGCUCAGUGCCUUGAAAGGAAUACUGAUGAAAUCAGGGCAAGAUAUGAUAGCAUUAUAAAGAUAGAGAAAACUGAGGAGUCUGAUAAAAAGGGACAAGGUGGAGUUGAUAUUCAAAUUGAAGAUGCAUUAUCAGAAAAAGAUCUGGAUGCAGCAUUGGACUCUUUUGAUAACCUUUUUUGUAGGCGAUGUCUGGUUUUUGACUGUAGACUGCAUGGAUGCUCUCAAGAUUUGGUAUUUCCUUCAGAAAAACAACUUGCCUGGAGCAACUCAGAUGAUGUCACACCUUGUGGCAGUCACUGCUACAGACUGGUCCCAAAAUCAGAGAGUAUGGCUACAGUGAAUUCUGAGGUGCUACGUGUUUUUGAAGAGCCAACACAGUCAUCUGGUAGCGCUCGAGCAUCACUGUCUCCAAAAAAGAAAAGUCAAGGUUCUUCUGGAGGAAGGAAAGGGAAAUCUCAUCAAAGUGAAAGUGCUUCUUCCAAUGCAAGAGUUGUUUCUGAAAGUAGCGAAUCUGAAGUGCACCCACGACAGGAUACCAUGUCUGUUCAACUCUCUUCGCCCUUGAAAAUUAAACAGGGUGGAAAAUCUGGUAUUCGGAAGAAAGACAACAAAAGAAUUGCUGAGCGGGUUCUUGUAUGCAUGCGGAAAAAGCAGAAGAAAAUGAUGCCUCCAGACUCUGAUUCCAUUGUUAGCGGAUGCCUCUGGCCGCAUGAUAUGAAGCUUAGAUCAAAUUCACGUAAUGGCAGUAAAGAUUCUACUUCAUCUUCACUGAACAAAGUUGUCAAAUCUCCAAUAAUCAGAAGUUCCAGAAAAAAAGGACUAUCACAUCAGGACAAUAUCAAUUCAGCUUGCAUUGAAACUCAAAAUGAUUCUACGGGUGAGAUAGUGAAAGAGUCACUGGCCACAGAUUGUGAUGAAAGUUCAAGAAAAGAGGAAUUUGUCGAUGAGAACAUUUGCAAAUAUGAAAAUACUUAUGGUAAAUCUUGGAAAGUGAUUGAGCAAAGCCUUUUUGUUAAAGGUCUGGAAAUUUUUGGAAGGAACAGUUGCCUGAUUGCUAGAAAUCUUUUAAGUGGAAUGAAAACAUGUAUGGAGGUUUUUCAAUACAUGAAUUAUGUGGAAGAUAAAAGAACAUAUGGAGCUGCUGAUGGUGCAAAUUCUCUGGUUCAAGGCCAUGGCAAGGUUGACUACACUGAAUCUAUGGGUAAUGAAUUGCAGGCAAGAUCAAGAUUCUUGAGAAGACGAGGUAGAGUUCGUCGCUUGAAAUACACUUGGAAAUCCGCUGGUUACCAUUCCAUAAGAAAAAGAAUUACAGAGAGAAAGGAUCAGCCUUAUCGGCAGUAUAAUCCUUGUGGCUGUCAAUCUGCUUGUGGAAAGCAAUGCCCUUGCCUCGUAAAUGGCACGUGCUGUGAAAAAUAUUGUGGGUGUCCUAAAAUUUGUAAGAACCGAUUUCGAGGUUGUCAUUGUGCCAAGAGCCAGUGUCGAAGCCGUCAAUGCCCAUGCUUUGCUGCUGAUAGGGAAUGCGACCCUGAUGUUUGUAGAAAUUGCUGGGUUGGGUGUGGCGAUGGUACUUUAGGAGGUCCAAAUCAAAGAGGAGAUAAUUAUGAAUGCCGGAAUAUGAAGCUUCUCCUCAAACAACAACAAAGGGUCUUACUUGGAAGAUCUGAUGUUUCUGGCUGGGGAGCAUUCCUUAAGGUACAUUUUUUGCCUGUGCUUUUCUCUCCUGCUUAUUUUACCAAUUUGUCUUUGAUGUUAUUUCAGAAUAGUGUUGGUAAACAUGAAUACCUCGGGGAAUACACUGGAGAAUUAAUCUCUCAUCGAGAAGCAGAUAAGCGUGGAAAGAUAUAUGACCGUGAAAAUUCAUCAUUUCUUUUCAACCUGAAUGAUCAGUUUGUUCUCGAUGCAUACCGGAAGGGAGAUAAGUUGAAGUUCGCCAACCAUUCCCCUGAUCCAAACUGCUAUGCCAAGGUCAUCAUGGUAGCAGGUGAUCAUAGGGUAGGUAUAUUUGCCAAAGAAAGGAUAAGUGCAGGGGAGGAACUCUUUUAUGACUAUCGUUACGAGCCAGACCGUGCACCUGCUUGGGCUCGAAAACCAGAAGCUUCAGGCUCGAAGAAGGAUGAAACGCAGCCUUCUACUGGUCGAGCCAAAAAGCUUGCAUAAUUUGAAGGAUGUUUUGUUUUUUGUUGCCUUGGACCUCCAACAUUCAUUUUUUGCCCAUUUUUACAGCAAAAUCAUUCAUUCAGAUGUUAGAAACCAUGGCAUUCAGAUGUUGGAACCUCCAACAUUCAUUCAUUUGUUUUGGACCGUCAAUUAUAGCGUCCCUCUCUGUCUCUCUUCUCUGCGUGGUUAUAAGGUAAUUUUUUUGGUGGGAUGUUUAAA